AUGAGGCACCCGUCUCUCCAUUACCUCCUGUUCACUAUCUUGCUAUUGCUCUGCAUUCAUUCAUCUCGAGCUCACGAAAGCUGUUGCAAACACAAACUUGGAGGACAAGAGCCACAAGUGAGCGAAUUCAUCGCAGAUCCAAAUGACACAGCACCCGAAGAGUUUGAAGGCCAACGAAGAUAUCUAGUCGAUCCAAACGACUUUCGUCCUGAUGAUUGGGAUAGUGAAGAUGAUGGAGAGUGGGAACCAAACACAAUUUUGAAUCCAGACUACGACUGGAAACCAAGGCAGAUUCCGAAUCCAAAUUAUGUACCUCCAGCCACCUAUUGGGACAAGCUGUUGACCGAGAUCAAAAUGUCCAUACCAUGGUUAACAUUAGGAGUUAUUGUGACGGGAUUCACUUCAAUGAGCAUUUCCUUGCCGCCUUUUAAAAACGCAUUGGACUGGUGGAAAAAUAAGUCGAAUCGUCCUUCAAAUGGAAGGAUGACAAGCAUUGGUAGCACCUCGCUCGCAGCCAUGCUGGGCCUCGCCACCCCACUUUGUUCGUGUGGUGCCCUACCAGUUGCCGCUGGAUUCUGGAAUGAAGGAGUCCCUCUCGGAUCCGUAGUUUCCUUCUUGGUGGCUUCCCAAUCGGCCGGGAUUGACAGUGCUGCGAUUACAUAUGGUUUGCUCGGACCCUUGGCAGUCUUUUCCCGAUUGGCGGGUGCCAUGAUUUUGGCUAUUGUGGCAGGAGAAUGUCUUCCAAAGGUGGCAUCUUUAAAUUCAAAGCAAGCAAGCAGCGGAAAGUGUUCAGCCUCGAAAGGAAACCAAAUCGAGAGCACUUCUUCGUUCAAGGCAUUUCUGGAGGUCCUGGCCGACACUGCCUACGAGGUCUUUCCAUCGGUGCUGUUGGGCCUUGCCUUGAGUACCUAUGUCGUUCACUUUCAUCCCAAUUUUUUCAACCCUGGUACCCUAGCCAGUCGAGGAGCUACUACGGGUGUUUUCAUGCGAUGGCUGUUGUUGGCCACCGCGGUCCCCAUGCAAUUGUGCGAGCACACCACGGUGACAUUGGCUGCCGCAAUCCAAAAGUCUGGUGGAUCUCCAGGCCUUGCCUUUGGUUUUUUGCUCUCGGCACCGGCAGUCAACUUGCCGACGCAAGCGCUUUUGACUCAAAAGGUCAUGGAAGUAGAAGGAAAAGGGUCACCGAAUAUUGGCUUGCGAAUAGCUAUUGCGGUCAGUGGGACCGCCUUGAUACUUUCCUAUGUGGUGGAUUUCUUCAAUCUGGAUCUCUUGAUUCAAGAAGAAGCAAGCUCAGACGUAGGUAGUAUGUCCUUCCCAGAUGUUUACAGUACUCUUUGCCCGUGGUUGGCUGGAUUAUUGUUCUUGGUUGGAGUGGGGCGGGCUCAUUUUAGCACCCUAUAUUCAAAACUAAUUGGGUCUGCAUCGUCAAUAGAUGCCCAUGGAACAGAUGGCUGCUGCAAUCCUAGCAAAGAGGUAAAGGUUGACUAG